AUGCAGCCCUCAGAGACCUUCGUGGGAUCAAUCGAUCAAGGCACAACCAGCACCAGAUUCCUAAUUUUCAAUCGUGAAGGCGAGCCAGUAGCAUCGCAUCAGGUUGAGUUCAGCCAAAUCUAUCCACAUCCGGGCUGGCACGAACACGACCCCCUCGAGAUCGUAAUCUCAGUAGAAACCUGCAUCGAAGAAGCUGUCACUAAAUUCGAAGCCCAAGGCUACACCCGAAGCAGCAUCAAAAGCAUCGGAAUAACCAACCAGCGCGAAACAACGAUAGUCUGGGACCAUGAGACCGGCGAACCCCUGUACAAUGCCAUUGUCUGGACAGAUACGCGCUCGCAGGCGAUUGUCGCCGAGCUGAAACAGAGACCAGGGGCUGGGCAGCUCCAGGCUCUCUGUGGGUUGCCGCUGUCAACUUACUCCUCGGCGACGAAGUUGCUCUGGAUGCUGGCGCAUGUCCCCAGAGUGAAGGAUGCAUUUGACCGCGGGACGCUGGCGUUUGGUACCGUCGACACUUGGCUCGUAUACCGUUUGAACGGUGGCGUGACUGCCAACGUCUUUGUCUCGGAUUCGACAAACGCUUCGCGGACUAUGUUUGUGAAUUUGGAGACUUUGCGGUAUGAUGAUGCGUUGUUGGAUUUCUUUGGGAUUAGGGGGAAGGUUCAUUUGCCGAGGAUUGUUCCUUCGUCGGAUGAGAGGGCGUAUGGUGUUAUUGCUUCGGGAGCCUUGGCUCAGGUUCCGAUUAUGGGAUGUUUGGGAGAUCAGUCUGCUGCGCUGGUUGGGCAGAAGGGGUUCUCGCCCGGAAUGGCGAAGAAUACUUACGGUACGGGAUGCUUUCUUCUGUAUAAUGUUGGCGACAAGCCGGUGUUCUCCACGCAUGGAUUGCUGGCGACGGUGGCGUACCACUUUGGUGGGAAGCCUAUCUAUGCUCUUGAGGGGAGUAUUGCUGUCGCUGGCUCAGGGAUCAAGUUCUUGCAGAAUAACUUGACUUUCUUCCAAGAGUCCAAGGAGGUUAAUGACCUUGCUUACUCGGUGGAAGAUAACGGUGGCUGUGUGUUUGUCACUGCCUUCAGUGGACUUUUCGCACCUUAUUGGAUUGAUGAUGCCAAAGGGACAAUCUUUGGAAUCACCCAAUACACCCAAAAGGGCCAUAUUGCACGUGCAACCUUAGAGGCAACCUGCUUCCAGACCAAAGCGAUUCUGGAUGCAAUGGAGAAAGACAGCGGCCAUACACUCUCUGAACUAGCCGUAGAUGGAGGCAUGAGCAACUCGGAUUUGGCAAUGCAGACCCAAGCAGACCUAAUUUCCAUCCCCGUCUACCGCCCCAAGAUGCGCGAGACCACAGCCCUCGGUGCAGCAAUUGCAGCCGGUCUCGCCGUUGGACUCUGGCGCAAUUCCGCCGAGCUACGCGAUAUCAACCGUUCCGGCGGCGCUGUCUUCGAGCCCCAAGUCUCACGACAAGAAAGUGCUUUGAAGUUCUCAGAAUGGGAAAAGGCCGUGGAAAUGAGUAAAGGAUGGAUGGAAAACGAACGUCCCGAACAGAAAAAAGUCAAUGGCGCGACGAAUGUGACGUAUACGCCGGUUACGAAACAUGCUGUUUCCCCGCCAAAGAUCAUUCACAGCCCCGAGAAUGUGGUCUCAGAAGUGGUUAAUACUCCUGCUUUCACCGCGUCUGUUAAAAAGACAACUCAUGUUUCGAUCAAGGAGAUUGAAGUCCCAUCUGCAAAGAGGGGAUUGCUAAGUAUGCUGGGUGACUUGGAUGAUGCAGAUGAAGAGGAUUUGUUCUUGGAGCUGCGGAAAGUGGAAAUCUUACAGAAGCUGAAGAAGUUGCGGAAGCGCCAGACAACUUGCUACUGA